UGCCAUCCGACGAGGCAGAGGAAAAGGAAGAGUCCUCCGCAGGCCUAAAAGCACGCGCCGAGGCCGAACAAGGUGCAGUCGGAGGCGCGCUGAGCCGACGGGUACGAUGCUGCGCGGCCGGGCCUUGCGGCGAUGCGGCCGGCGGGGUCUUCGCAUGGCCCUGCAGCGCGGCACCGACGGCGGGCCGAGCAGCCACGAGCUGGCCCUGCUCGAGCUGGUGCGAUGGCACCCGGGCGCUCUGUCGAAGCCGGGCGAGCCGCGUCUCGUGCUCGUCGUGGCGCUUCGCUGGAUCAGCCAUUGCCAGGACGACCCGCCACUCGUCGAGGCAGCGCUCGAGGCUCUCGGGUCGCUGCUGCUUCGACAUCGUGCCGGGCUGCGCGAGUGCUGCUUCGAACUGCUCAUGAGCGUCUUCCACUUGCUCGCCUCGCCCGCUGCCUCGGUGCGCCACAAGGCGUUAGGCCUGACCUUGAUCCUCUUGGAGGUGGACCCGGUGUGCGCAUCCCGCGAGCUCCUCUACCUGGCCGCUACCGGAGACCGGCUGCAGCGCCUGGCCACCAUGGUGGCCUUCCGGCGGCUUCUGUGCCGCGGUCCGGGCCAACCUUUUGACGUCUGGUUGCUGCCCAUGCAGGCCCUGUACGAGCUGUACCUAGAGCACGCUGAGCAGACCGCCGACGAUGUUCUGCGCACAGAGGGCUGCCUGGGUCUCGAACUACUCGAGCACACGUGCGAGUACGUCGACUACGUCGAGGGCUCCGCGUCGCCCGACGAACUCUACGCCCGAAGGACUGUGGCUUCCGCCGGACCGUUCUCCGACGCCAGCUGUUGCAGCGCGAGCCGCGAAGACGUCGUCUAGCUCGUCGCUAUACGAAAGGCCGCGCGCAACGUGGUCACGGAUCAGAGGAGAGGUCGUCGCAACUGAGCUCGUUCGCUCGCCUCAAGAGAAGCGCGAGCAGUUAAAAGUGCAGUCAGCGCCGUUUAAACGCUGCUUGCACCUUGCGUAGCCAGGCAAGAACGUUAGCGAAAGAGCGAAGUGGUGUAACUUAAAGGCUACUUUGCCUUACAAAAGAGCUCGCAUGCGUCGGAGGAACUGGUUCACCUCGUCAGAGGGUGAACGUUGCGUCCUUAUUUAUCGUUGUGUUUAGCUUUAUUUAAGCGUGCGCCAGUGGCGUAUACGCGAGUAGCUGGCGAUUUGCGCCAAAGCAGUUGCAGGUUAACUGCGACUCGCACAACUUGCGCAACGCAGCGAGGACGUUGCCUGGACUUCUAUAUCGGGGCACAUCCUUUAGUCAUGUCUGUCAUCUGCUUCAGCCAUUAAGUCAAAUGAUUUGCAGUUCCCAGACG